AUGAACAAAUCACAGGUUCUUAUAGUGAUAAUUCUAAUGGUUUUGGUCGAGUCAGGCCUGGUCAAAGAGGCUACGGCACACCCAUGUGGUCGAACAUUUUUGUCAGCUUUGAUUGAACUCGUGCCAUGUACACUAUCAGUGGUGCCGUUUAGCACAUUGUCCCCCAACGAGCAAUGUUGCACUGCCAUCAAAACGCUUGGUCAACCUUGUCUAUGCGUUAUUGCCAACGGACCAUCUAUUCCUGGCGUUGACCACACUCUUGCUCUUCAGUUACCUGGAAAAUGUUCUGCCAAUUUUCCUCCGUGUAACUGA